CCCCUUCCUCUCCCGCCCGGAACCCGGCUCGGCGUGGGCAGCCGCCGCCAUGGAGUACCUGACGGGAUCGCCGGCCCCCACUCAGGGCAACAUCCUCUGCUGCCAGUGCGGCGUGCCCAUCCCGCCCAACCCGGCCAACAUGUGCGUGGGGUGCCUGCGGGCCCAGGUGGACAUCACCGAGGGGAUCCCCAAACAGGGGACCCUCCAUUUCUGCAAGCAGUGCGAAAGGUAUCUUCAGCCUCCAGGAACCUGGAUUCAGUGUACCUUAGAAUCAAGAGAGCUUCUUGCUUUGUGUCUUAAGAAAAUCAAAGCUUCGCUGAGCAAGGUCCGGCUGAUUGAUGCAGGCUUUAUUUGGACCGAACCACAUUCUAAGAGGCUGAAGCUGAAACUGACUGUUCAGAAAGAGGUGAUAAAUGGAGCGGUUCUUCAGCAAGUAUUUGUGGUGGAAUAUAUAGUUCAGUCUCAAAUGUGUGAAGACUGUCAUAGGAUUGAAGCUAAGGAUUUCUGGAAAGCUGUAGUGCAAGUCAGACAAAAGACUCUGCACAAGAAGACUUUCUACUAUUUGGAGCAGCUGAUUUUAAAACACAGGCUUCAUCAAAACACGCUUCGCAUCAAAGAAAUCCAUGAUGGCCUGGAUUUUUAUUAUUCUUCAAAGCAACAUGCCCAGAAGAUGGUAGACUUUCUUCAGUGUACAGUUCCAUCUAGAUCAAAAUCAUCCCAACGUUUGAUUUCGCAUGAUAUUCAUAGUAAUGUCUACAAUUACAAAAGCACUUUCUCUGUGGAAAUUGUUCCAAUAUGCAAGGACAAUGUUGUAUGUCUGUCACCAAAACUGGCGCAGAGUCUUGGUAACAUGAGCCAGAUCUGUGUGUGCAUUAGAGUAACAAGUACCAUCCACCUCAUCGAUCCUAGCACACUGCAGAUUGCUGAAAUUGACGGAAAUACCUACUGGCGCCACCCUUUUAAUAGCUUGUUCCACCCCAAACAACUAGAGGAAUUCAUCAUUAUGGAUAUCAACAGGGUUCAAGACAAGAAAAAAGGUGCAGGUGCAGGGGCAAGAUCAAACAAGCACACACUGGCUGAAGCCUGGGUACAGAAAACCUCGGAGUUGAAUACAGAUCAUCAGUAUUUCUGCUGUACUCACUUGGGGCACAUUCUGAAUCCUGGCGACCUUGUCUUGGGGUUCGACUUGGCGAACUGCAACUUAAAUGACGAGUUUGCUAAUAAGAUGAACCCGCACAAUAUUCCUGAUGUGGUAUUAAUAAAGAAGAGCUACGACCGUACCAAACGCCAACGUCGCAGAAACUGGAAGCUGAAAGAGCUAGAAAGGGACAGAGAAGGCAUGGAUACAGAUGAUGAAAGGCAAUACCAGGACUUCCUUGAAGAUCUCGAAGAAGAUGAAGCCAUAAGGAAGAAUGUCAACAUUUACAGAAAUGCAGAUAUUCCUGUGGAGAGUGAUACAGAUGAUGAUGGUCCUCCACGAAUCAGUCUGGCUGAAAUGCUAGAGGAUCUCCAUAUUUCCCAGGAUGCCACUGGUGGAGAGGGAGCAAAUAUGAUGACAGAAUAAGAAUAGCGCAUUAGUCAAUGCAGUAAAUAUUCCCUUAGUGAGGAAAAAGUACCCAAAACAUAACUAAACAUUACAAACUGAGCACAUGAACAUGAAAAGUAACAUAGCUACCACUACACCCUUAAAUAAUGGUCCUGAAUUCAUAUUUUAUAUAUAAUCUUCUAGAGAAUCAGCAGUUAAAGCUGAAUUUCUGGUGCAACCAUUGCAAUAUAAGUUCCACAAGUUCCUCCCAUCCCUGAGUGCUGCCUCCUUGCAACUUCUGCAGCUGACUGACUUCAGGGUUAUACAUUGGGAGUAAUCAUUGUCUUGUGCAGAAGACAGCUGAUAAGGAAGGAUGUCCAGAGGGAGGGAUUUUAUUCUAGUUUGCUACAUUUGUAGGUGGAGUGCCUACCUACUGUUUAUUGCUUUCAUUUAUUUGCAUGGGAAGGAUGUUUCCUGUCUUAAUCUUUUUGGUACAAUGGUUUGAAGCCUUUUAUGAUACUGCUAGAUUAUUUCAUAUAACAAUAUUUUGGGAAAGCUCAAGAAUGUGUCUUCUGUUCCUUUGGUAAGAGAACUCCAAAUAUACAUGCUUACACAAAAAAACUUCCCUGUAAAUUGAGUGAAGAUGCAGCUGUUGAUCAGAAAGAUUGCAAACUUCUGUUAAGUAUAAUGAAUAUUGUAUUGUACUAUAUUCCAUGCCUGAAUCAGUGGAUUAAAAGCAAUACGCAUGAUGUCUAAUUAAUACACCAGGUAUGAACUAUUAAAAAACUAUUCAGACAUUUUUCGUCCAUCGUUUUUUAGUUAACUUUAAAAUCAAAUUUCUCUCUACUGCAAGCCCGAAGAGGACAUAAGUAGUGUAGGAGAACAUUACAUACUUAUAUUCAUCUGUUUUGAUUCACUUUACUGCACAAAGGUGGUUCAACAGAAAUUUUACCAAGAGUUUAUGUGCAUAUACAUUUGAUUUAACUCAAUAUAAAUAGGGAAACAUAGCACAGCAUAGUAAGAGUGGUUUGCCACUGCAUUUUUUUACCUUCAGGAAAAUAUACUCAAAAUGAUUGGCAUGUGUAAAGGAGGAAAAUACUAAUAAUGUGAAGUUGGAAGAAAAUGUGUAGGAUUCAUCUGACAGGGUAUUAAUGGUUCCUCUAUCAAGGAUCUGUACAGCUCAAAUGAGAACACUUGAUGUAGUUUGUCACAGCUUGUAUUCUUGUAAGAGAAAUAAACAGGGCUGAAAAUUCACUAUUUCUCUGCAGUAUCUGCUGAGGAGGUGUCGGGAGCACCUUUCUCUACUUCACCGUACUUCACAGCUUUUCAACGCCUCAAAGAAAAGCUAAGAAACAAUCAAGGAGUUAGCAGUGUUCAGCCUACUGCCAGCUGAGCUAGGACCUUUGCUGCUGCAGAACAGCACAAAGAGCUGAAACAGCAUCGCUGUCCCUGGCAGACACAGAGGAGCCGUCCGUGCCGAAGGACUGCCGCAUGCAAACCGGGCAGCUCAACAGACACGAUCCUACCCCAGCUGUUGCAAAAGAGGCACCAGGCCCUUCGGGCGACCACAACAAACACCAAGUGGGUUUGGCUGGAGAGACCGGGAAAGGGCGGCAAUAAACAAAAACACGCCCAGGGUCAGAGUUCCUACUUCUGCAGCCUGAUGUCAGAUUCCUUAAUGUCAACAAAUACUUGGAAUGUACGCGUAUAGUCUUCUACUAUAAUUUAGUGUAAACAUAGCUACAGUGGCUGGCUUAUCCACUGAGCUUUCUUUGCAGGUAUACAAUGCAGUAUGUGCAUGUUUCUCCAGCAUGUAUAGUGCAAAAUACUGUAUUUACAUAUCUACAUUAUAGACUGGCAGUUUUGAAACAAAAUUGUGAUCUUCCUAAGUAGUCUAAUA